CCAAAACUUUUCAGGGGAAGGCAGUCACUAGUUUUACAUGCAGUAGAGGGAGCCCACUGACUUUUUAAAUGCUCCCGCCCCUCGGAGCUCCAAUGUUUCUUGUUUCAGUUAUUACCAUGUCUGAGGCAGAGAAAAAAUGCAAGCAGCACAUUGUUGAUUAUUUGAAAUAUGGUUUCAUUCCGUCUCCUUCAAAUAAUGCAUUACCAAUGUGUAUAAUAUGCCAAAAGGUUUUCUCAAAUGAAGCUAUGAAGCCUUCUAGACUCCAAGAACAUCUGACAAAAAUCCAUCCAGAUAAAAAGAAUAAAGAUUUGCAUUAUUUUCAAGGACUCAAAGAAAAGUUUGUAAAACAGCCCAAAUUGGAAACUAUCUUUUCAACAGCUUCCAAACAAGGUAACGAUGGGUUGCGUGCUUCUUACAAUAUAGCUUUACUUAUUGCAAAAUCAGGGAAACCGCAUACUAUUGGGGAAGAACUUAUUAUACCAGCCAUAAAGGAGGUAUUACAGACUGUACUACACAAGUCACCAACUGACAUUGUCAAAAAAAUUCCUUUGAGUAAUGACACAGUCCAAAGAAUUGAUGAAAUGGCUGAAAACAUUGAAAACUCUCUAUGUAAUUAUUUAAAAACAUCUCAGUUUUCAAUGCAACUUGAUGAGUCAACUUUGCCAGGGAAUGAAGCCUUACUUCUCGCUUAUGUGCGUUUCAUAAGGGAUCAACAAAUCUGCCAAGAGUUAUUGUUUGCCCAAACUUUAGAAACUGAUACUAAAGGAGCAUCAUUAUUUUGUGUAAUGAAAGAUUUUUUUGAAGAGAAAGAAAUUCCCCUGAAUAACAUAUUGUCUGUUGCUACUGAUGGUGCUCCAGCAAUGGUUGGAUGCUACAAUGGUUUUAUGGCACAUUUAAAAGAAGAGGUACCAAAUAUAUUGGCCAUACACUGUGUUAUUCACCGGCAACAUCUAGUAGUGAAAAACCUGAGUGAACGCUUACAUAGCUCACUUCAUCUCGUCAUCAGAGCAGUGAACAAAAUCAGAGGUAAAUCUUUGCAGGACAGGAUAUUUGGACAACUCUGUAUGGAGAACGAUGAAGAUUACAAUCGUCUGCUUCUUCAUGCAGAAGUUUGUUGGCUAUCAAAGGGAGCCAGUUUGAGCUGUUUUUCCACCCUUUUCAACUCAGUGCUAGAGUUUUUGGAAGACAAAGAUGCUACUUUAAGAGCAGAUUUGAUAAAAUCAAAACCAGAUAUAGCUUAUCUGACAGAUUUGUUUAACAAAUUAAGUGAAAUGAACCUUCAGCUCCAAGGUGAUGACCUGAAUCUAAUAAAAACUAAAAAUGUAAUUUCUGCACUUGUGGGAAAGCUUCAAAUACAUAAAAGAAACUUGGGACGGGGAGAAUUUAUCCACUUUCCAAAUUUGUCAACAGUAGAAAAAAAUGACGAAGAUUUACUUGAAUAUUGCCAACAUUUGGAAACUCUGGAAUUGGACUUCAAAAAACGAUUUCAGGAUAUUUUAAAAAUGGAUGUACCUGAUUGGCUUUUGGACCCAUUUUCCUGUGAAAUUUCAGAAGCAUCUCCAAACUUAGAAGAAGAGUUGAUUGAGUUAAGAACAAAUGAAGAGCUGAAAUUUAAAUUUAAAUCUGGAUACCAACAGUUUUGGCUGCAGAAGCAGAUACCUGAACUUUAUCCUGGUUUAUGGACUAUUGUUCAAAAACUUCUUAUUGCAUUCCCUUCGUCUUAUUUAGUGGAACGUGGGUUCAGUGCAGUAACAACGCUAAUAACAAAAAAAAGAAAUAGGCUGCAGAUAGCUAACUGUGGAGAUUUGAGAAUGCUGUUAACAAACAUGGAGCCGAAUAUUGACAAAUUGUUAGAAUCUCAUCAGGCUCAUCCUUCUCAUUAAAACUUAUUCUGUUACUAGUUUAGUUCGUUUUCCUGUCCUCUAUGUCCUCACCAUUACUCGGGGCUGGCCCAACCCCCAGCAGUGCCUUAGGCAAGGGGCGGGACAUUCCAGGGGCGGGGCUUGGGCAGCUCACCCCCCACCCCGGGGGUGGGGCUUAGCAGGGGGGCAUUAAGCAUUCAAUUUUUUCUAAAAGGGGGUGGCGAACCAACAAAGUUUGAGAAACACUGCGCUAGAGAAACAAGGCUGUGAACUCUACAUUAGAAAUAGACAAUGUGUUGUUACCCAGAAUGGAGAGGUUUGCCUUGUAGGCUCUGAAUGCAAAGGCCUGUACAGCGUGCAGGAGCAACCUGUAUCAAAGCCAGACAGAGAAAGACCAGUCUGGUCCAAACCUAAGGCAUACCAGCCCAAUGAAGUGAACCUUGCUCAGUCAUGCCUGCAUGAAAACUGCUUGCAACUGUGGCAUAGAUGCCUAGGACAUAGGAGCUAUGAGUCAAUCCAGAACAUGAAGGAAAAGGGAUUAGCUGAUGGCAUUGAUUUUGUACCAUGUGACAUUGUGACUAACUGUGUUUGUUGUCUUGAGUCCAAAGCAGUUAACAAGCCAUUUCCUAAGCAGAGUGAAAGGAAGACCAGAAGAUCCCUGGAGCUGAUCCACAGCAAUAUAUCUGGACCACUACCAGCAACCAUAGGUAAUUUCAGAUAUUUUCUCACAAUCACUGAUGAUUAUACACAAUAUUUAGUUGUGUUUAUACUAAAGGAGAAAUCACAGAUGCUUGAGAAACUCCAGGACAACGUGGCCAUGGCAAACAACAAAUUUGGGUGGAAGCCAAAGAUCCUGCGUAUAGACAAUGGAGGAGAAUAUAUGUCCAGCGCCACACAGCAGUUCCUGAGAGAAUGUGAAAUCGUGCAUCAAACCACGGUAGCUUACAAUCCAUCCCAAAAUGGAGCCUCAGAAAGAAAGAAUAGAAGCCUCCUGGAUAUGGUAAGAUGCAUGCUUGCUGAUGCACACAUCCCACAGAAACUCUGGAGAGAGGGCAUCAUGACUGCUAUAUACAUACAAAACAGAAUGUACACAAAGCCUAUAGGAACAACACCAUAUGAACUUUGGCAUGGUCAUAAGCCAUCCAUGACACAUUUGCAUGUCUUGGAAGCACGGCUUACUCAUACAUCCCAAAGGAAAAAAGGACUAAGUUAGAGGCUAGGGCCACAAAAGGGAUUUUUGUAGGCUACUCAGCGCAAUCAAAAGACUAAAGAAUUCUGGAUCCUGACACCAACAAGAUAACCAUUAGCAGAUCGGUGUAUUUUGAUGAGAAUGAAAGGGCUACGUCUUCAGAGGGGGCCUACACCGAAGCAAGCAACCAGCCAAACACCUGAUACUGGAUUAUGCUUCCUGAUCUCAGCGGAAUUGAGGAGGAGGAGACAGCAGAUCCAGAUCCAACCACACUCAACACAGAGACCCCCAGUGAUCCACCAGACGCAUUUGAGAUAUUGGAAGGGACCACAGAUGGUGAGGUGAGGCAAUCAACGCGCUCAAACAGAGGUGUUCCAGCCCCGAGACUGUCCUACCUCGCAAGAACGGCGGAACAACCAGAAGCUUCAUCAUGGAAGGAAAUAUCCCAGCUAGCACAACCAGAAGCCCAGAAGUGGAAACAAGCUGCAAUUGAAGAGCUUGAGGCUCUACAGAAAAACAAAACCUGGACUCUUAUUAAGUUACCUCAAAGAAGGAAAGUUAUAGGCUGCAAAUGGGUUUUCAAACUCAAACAUGAUGCUGAUGGUGAGAUUCAGUGCUACAAAGCCAGAUUAGUAGCGAAAGGAUAUUCACAGAAAUAUGGAGAAGAUUAUGAUGGAAACAUUUGCACCAGUGGUUAAACAUACCACAAUAAGGACUCUGUUUAGUAUUGCUGCUAGGAAAGGAAUGCAUGUUGAACACCUAGAGGUGAAAACUGCAUUCUUGCAUGGCGAACUAGAAGAGGACAUUUACAUGCAACAACCACCAGAUUUCUCAGAGAAAGGCAAAGAGGACUAUGUAUGCAAACUGCAAAAGAGCAUUUAUGGUUUAAAACAGGCUGCCAGAGAAUGGAACACAAAACUAAAUGAUAUGCUUCAAAAAAUGAUAUGCUUCAAAACAAGUGAAGCUGAUCCCUGCCUGUACACGAAAUGCAGGGAUGGCAAAUGGACUUACAUUUUGGCGUAUGUUGAUGAUUUGAUUCUUGCCUAUGAGAAUCCAGAUGACAGCAAGGAAAUAAUGCAUCAUCUGAACAGAGAUGUGAAAGUCAAGCAACUUGGCAACAUUGCACACUACUUGGGCAUUCAAGUACAAAGAAAGAAAGAUGGAAGUUUCCUCAUCAACCAAGAACAGAAAAUUAAAGACCUGAUAAACCUGCUCAGACUGGAAGAUGAGAAUCCUACACCAACUCCAAUAGAAGUGAAUUACAUAAAAUGAGAAGAUCAAACUGAGCCACUAUCUGACAACCAUAGAUAUCGUGAAGCAUUGGGUAUGCUUUUAUACAUUAGUACACUCACUAGGCCAGAUAUUAGUACAGCAGUUGUCUUACUUUGCAGAAAGACUGCAUCACCAACAGUCAAGGACUGGAAUGCAAUUAAGAGACUUGUUAAGUACCUAAAGGGUACUGCACACUUUAAGCACAAGAUGCAAGCAACAGUCAACCAAAACUAGAAGCAUACGUAGAUGCAAACUGGGAUGGAGACCUAACAGAAAGGAGAUCCACCAGCAGUCACAUAAUUUUCUGUAGAGAUGGAGCCAUAAGCUGGUCAAGCACCAAGCAAGACAUAACAGCACCAUAAACCACUGUAGCAGAAUAUGUAUCAGCAGCACAGGGCUGUCAUGAGAUACAGUGGCUGUGUCAACUACUGAAAGAUCUAGGUAUGGAUGUACCACAGCCCAUACCUGUGUAUGAAGACAACCAAAGCUGCAUUCAACUCUCCAAACAAGAAGAUGUAAAGAGGCGUACCAAGCAUAUUGAUGUGAAGUACAAUGUAGUGAGAAAUCUGCAAAAGGAUGGACUAAUCAAGCUGAUCUACUGCCCAACAAAUGAAAUGCUUGCAGAUCUACUCACUAAGCCACUACCAAGACCCUGCUUUGAAAAGCUGAGAGAGAAAAUGAAUCUUGUGAACUGAGUCACGAGACAUCGAGAGGGGCUGUUGGAAGUGAAGGACUAUACGCUGUCUCUUGUCUCAAUAACAGUGGAGGACAGACUAGUGAAUUAGAGGGCUAGAGGGUCAAGACAUUGGUCAUCCCUUCUUUACUGCUCUGACACUAUCCCUUUGAAAUGUAGAUUGCUACUCUCAGGGGACUUCCUUCCUUCCAGCCACUUCCUUCCUCUCUUCUCUUCCUGUUCCUACUACCUUGCAACAUGCAAGCUUCUCUCCCCUGCACCAUGUGUUCAGAGAUGCAGAAUCAAUCUGCAUCCAGCUAGCUAGCUAGAAUAGAGAUCCUAACUCCUCACUUUCCUAUCUAGAAUGGAGUUCUUUAAUAAAUGCCAUAUAUAUUGAUUUGCAA